AUGGCGUGCAGGUUCGGCAUGGUUCUCUACGUGAUCUCCCAGUUCCUCGCGUUUCUCUUUGUGCUGGUGGCUACGCCGAUCGACAUGUUUCGCCCGAAGGGUACGAGCAGGUUCGGCAACACAGACUGCCUGACUUUGUGGGGUGAAAAGAAACACUGCUACAGCACAGUAUAUGAUCAGAAGUCGAGCACGAUAUGGGCCAACUGCCCUCAGCGCGGCCUGCAGUUUCUCGUUGCUGCGGUGCUCGCAGUCAUUUCCAUUUUCGUGUACGGCUUGGCUUUCAUCCUCGGCUUCAUUAUGCUGUUCUGCUGCUUUUGCCUCCGCUGGGUCUGCCUGACGCUCAACAUCGUUGGCUUCGGCACCCUGAGCGUCGUCUGGGCGCUCAUGGUGGUGGUCUACUACACGGAUGACGGCACGCCCUGUCCGAGGCUGAGCCAAAAAUAUCAUUUCGGUGCCGGCUUCGCUCUUUUCCUAUCGACCUGGGUCAGAGAUAUAUUCAGCAUUCUCUACCUGCUGGUUACCUUCAACGCUACGGAUCCGCACAGGAACAAAACGCCAAAAGAUGCAAAGCAGCAGUAG